GGCUAUCGGGCCGGAAAGUACAGUAGCGUCCGCCGCCCGCCGCAGAUCUGCGCCCUUCUCAUUGGUACGAUGGAGGUGCUGUGAUAGAUCCGAGCGGCCGGCCGGCCUGAACGCUUGAAGGAGCGAAAGCUGCGCGCUGUGCUGUCACGGGACUAAACGUGGGCUCUAAAGAUCCGUCCGUCUACCAGAAGCAAUGCAAGAAAAUGCUCAUGUAAACGGGACCUGAACGUGCGAGAUAUCAUCAGUUAUUUUAAGCGAAUACAAAUUCCCACGAUGAUCUUUGGACACCAGCUGACGAAAGCGUCCGUGUUUCUUUUUUUAUAAACUGCUUUAUUUGCAAAGUACUUUUGUAUAAAUUAGUUCGAGUAAUAGAAUGAAACAUUUUUUGCCUGGUAGUUUUAAAGCUGCAUGACAACAUUGAAGCCGAGUCGCAUUGGUGUGUUUUCCUCUCCCAGCCGGUGGGUAUAUCUAGGCUACUUGGUGCUGUUUUUAUGAGUUAUUGCGUAUCCGAGAAAACUGGAGUGUACGUUAAAACGUAGGUGUUUAAAAGUUUUUCAUUCCUACUUUGUUCUGAGUAUUUUAAAAUGUCUUCCUUUGUUUACCGAAUAUUUUCAUUUUGUUUUGUUUUCAAUUUGUUAAUAUAUAUUGAUCAAGACAUAUUUAAAAGUUUUAUAUUUAAAUAGAUGUGUGCAUGCAUUUAUUGUUUUAUUAUUGUGUAUCUUUAUCCUGUAUUUAUUGAUAAUGACUAAAAAGCAGAUAACUGACCUAAACUGAUACAACGUAAGGAAGCUGAUAUUAUCAGUACACUAAAUGAGCACUCACUACUGAUUCUGUAUGUGUCCCUCACUACAGCUUCUCAUCUGGUGUUACACCUGUGAGUCUAAUUUUUCAGUGUUUAGCAAAAAAUAAGUGGUAAUCCCUGCUAAUUGUUCCUGCACCUCAGACAGUGAAACAUCCUGAGGUGAACCAGCAAAGCACCAGAGUUGAAAGCAGGUCAUGCGCUUAGUGUCAUUGUGAGUACAUCACACUCAGACAGUGGAAAGGAAGCGAAUUUGUCAGAAGUUUUAAACUUAACAUUAACAUAUGACAUUCGGGGACCUCUGUAGUACUUAAAAUAUAUUAUAACCAGUCUGCCUAAAUUUCUAGCAAAGUCACUGAGGUUUAGAAAUGGUUACAAAUCGUUGUAACUGGAAUUAAAUGUUAUUUGAGAGGAAAAUAAAGUAAACUGAAGAAUGAAACCUAAAUGACAUAGCUGAGGCAAGUAAAUGGCUGGGUUUGUAGCUCAAUGUAUAGCAUCACAUCUCUAGGGUGGAGGGUUCAGUUCCCAAACGUGUCGGCAUUUCAUGUCGCUUGUGUUUCUGUGGGUUGGAUCCCAGAGCUCAUGCUGUGUAGGUGAACUGGUGCCCUUUGUGUGUACCUGUGCCCUGUGCUGAGCUACCAUCAUCUCUUCUGGGUCACCAUCACCCUGAUCUAUGUCAGAGCAGUUCCAUAAAAUAAAUAAUGAACUCAACAGAUAGUUGGUUAUGAUACAGGACUGUGUGGAGAGACAGUAUCAUGUGCAUCAUUCAUCUGGUUUCUAAUUGCAGUGUUGAAAAAACCCCACCAUUUUAAGUUAUUCCUAGUGCCGUGGGCCCUUCUGAGCUUCUUGGUAGCUGCUGGCCAGGCAGUAUCGAUUAUGAUCGAUGAAGUCUCAGGCCAGACACCUGUGCUUGCUGUUCCGGGGAACAUGCUACCAUCACCCGCAUGUUGUUUUUCUGGAACACCACCACCUGUUCUGAAAAUGCCCACUAUCAGCAGUGCCAACGGGAGUCACUCAGGAAACAGCAGCCCUGGGCUGAUCGCACCUGUGAGGACAGGACAUACACCCGCUGGGCCAUCACUAUCUGCUGGGUAGAGAACGUCCAGGUUCUCGAUAAAUCACCAGUGGCAGGGGCAUUGCAUCUGAUUCCUGUUUUUCUUUUUCAGCAGACACCCCCCCCCCAUCGGGUGUCAGGCUACUCAAAUUAAACUGAAGCUGACAGGGACCCCUCUCUCUAGGUUCUGUAGGUGUGGUAUCUGCUUAUUAUGUGGAAUAAGAGAUUCGUCCUCCUAUGUCAAAAGCAGAGCUUGGCAAACAACUGUUCAAGUGUCUGAAAUGUCCUUAUAUGAAGAACUGUAGAAGGGAUUACAUGUUGAUGAAGAUCGUCUGUUCAGGCAGCAGCUGCUUGUGUAUUUUGGAACAGUCCAUUCCAGUGAGCUCUAACCUGAGCAGCCAGGCCCAUGACUACACCGACUGCCGGGAGGGCGGAGCAGAGGCCAGCCUCAUGGUGUCCCCGCUAGUGGUGGCAGGGAUUGUUAUCGGCCUGGUGCUCUUCCUGUCCUGUGUUACCAUCAUCGUGGGCAGUUUGCGCAAAGACGGCCGGCUACAUAACCCCCACCUGCGCCCUAGAGAUGUCUCGGAUGGCCUGUCCCACGGUGGCUCCUUCGGGGAGCUGAGGUGGACGUGCAUCGAGGAAUUCCCCCCAGCCUUUGAUUUCAGCUCUCAUGCAGAGAGUCCAUCUCACGGCACCAUGAUGUACCCUGAUGCGCCACCUCACUAUGAAGAAUGUGUUGGACCCGGUGCUACAGAGAUCUACAUGCCCACGGACGACCCUCCACCGUACUCUCUCACUGACCCCUGUCUGGGGGGAGCCCUGCUGGACGACCUGGGGGAACAGUGGGGAGGUGCCUCCUGGUUGAUGGGAAGCACCGGGGUGCCAUACGUGCCUGGACGUCCGCUGGCCUCUGUUUCCCUCUCAGGCCUACCCCUGGAGGACGUUCCCCCUUACGAAGCCGUAGUGAGAAGCUGGAACCAACACAUCCCUCUGAUACCUACAGACCUGCUCAAGCACACGGUGGCGGACAGCAGACCCGGGGGCCCCACCUCGGACAGAAUCCUGUAGCCCAAGUCACCGAGAGCUUGUUGCAGGCAUAUAACGCUCUGCAUUCUUGAUGUAAAGACCUUUCAUUUUGUGCAGAUCCUUCCCACUGUUUCUGUGUGAAUAAUCCAGAGAAUACGGUAAGCAGAGCAGUUGAACCGAAUCUGAAACUUCUCAAGGACUUAUUGCUGCCCUCCAGUGGCUGAUACCAAUAUCUGCCUCUUUAUUCAAUACGUCUAAUCUAAGGGACCCACUGUAGAGAUGGAACUUGGUUUGCCUAUAAGGGUGCCACCCAGUAUAUUACAAGUGAGAAUUGUAUCGUUAAUUGAGAUCAGUUAGGUAUUGUCACAGGAGAAAGAGCGUACUUUGUGCUAUAACACCGUAAAGGAAAUGAAAUGGAAACUAUUCUUCCUUAUUUUCGUAUUAUUAAUGACCAAAUGGCACUUUCUACAAAUAAUUACCUAUAUAUGAAUACCAUCUUCCACAGAAAGUGUGUUCAUAUAAUUCCUACCACCUUCAUCUUACCUUAUCUGUUAAUUUCUGCAAUGUAAUGUAGUUUGCAUAAAGGAAGACCUUCCUAUGUUUUGUACUCCCUUAAAAUAUCACACACGAUUUGUGUGUAAUGUGAAUUUACCAACAGCCUCUCUUUUUUAGUAAUGCUAACAUUUACAGUAUCUGGUUCAAUCUACUGUAGAAUGAUGCCUCAGGCAAGUUUUUACAUCUCGUAAGACUGGGUUUCUUAUAAAAGGCAUGAUGAUGAUGAUUUUUAUUUGUUGUUUUUUUUAAAGCACACAAAAUUGACACUUUUAAAAUUGAACAUUAAUGUAAGCAUACCCUUUAAACAUCUUUUCAAAAACAACCUCAAAUUUACAUUUAAAAUGCCUUUUAUCCACAGUUUAACGUAAUACACAUUGUUAGAGUAGAGAGUGUUCAAUUUUGAGUGUCCAUUUUGCUGGAUGAUCAGAUUGUCAACGUCCCAUAAAAGGAAUUCCCUGAAGGAAUACUUACCAAAGUGUAAUAUCUGGAAAUGCCUGCCAACUUAUAACCUUGAUUCCCUGUUUCAGCUGCCUUUCCUUUUCCUUCCUAUAUAAUGUAAAUCAGUGCUUCACAACAGUCCAUGUUUUUGCUACCGUCCAGCUCCUGGCCAGACAGUCCACAUUUUUGCUCCUCUACUGGGACCUGCAAGGGAGCAGAAAUGUGGACUGUCUGGGGAUGCCCAUGGAAUGGGUUGGAAAACACUGAUGUAAAUAACUAUCAAAGGCAUUAGUCCCCCCCACGCUGAAUGGUGUUGUUUCAGUGAUUUAGAAGCAUGAUUGCAUUGGUGGCAGUGUUAAAAGAAAAAAAGAAAACCGUGAACCAAGUGGAGUUGAGUAUUGUAUGGUUUGUAAUAGUUUUGUGUAUUUCAGAUAUUGUUUAUGUUCAUAACUACAUACCUCUCUGGAAAUACAUAUGCAAGAUGGUAAAAUUGGAAAAUUACCAUAUUGCCAAGCUCUCACCAGUGUUACUUUCCUCAACUGUUCUAGUGGCCAGGAACCCUGAGAGAUAUUUUAGAAAAAUACCAGGUAAUGUGAAAUAUUCUUUUUGUAACAUACAGUUAUAACCAUGUUGCACAUUAUGUCUUUCCUACAUUGAGGCUAUACAAAUGUGUACAUUCACUGGUCCAGCUUCAGAGUUUAUUGUGUAUAAAAAUGUCUUCAUGGCCUUGUAUUAUUCAAAAACCUGAAUUAUAUUUGUGAAAUGCAACAUUAAUGCAAAAACGUUGCCUCUCCAGCUGAAGUGAAUAACAUUGAUUGUUUUAUUACAAUGGCACCUGUCAAGGGUGCCAUUAUACACUAUACUGUAUGGACAAAAACAUUGGGACACCUGGCCAUUUCAUCUACUGGAACUUUUAUGACACCCCAUUCUAAAUCCAUAGGCAUAAAUAUGGAGUUGGUCCCUCCUUUGCGGCCAUAACAGCUGCCACUCUUCUGGGAAGGCUUUCCACAAGUUUUUGAAGUGUUUCUGUGGAAUCUUUUGCCCAUUCAUCCAGAUGAACAUUUGUGAAGUUGGAUGUGAAGGCCUCGCAAAGGUGUUUGAUGGGGUUGAGAUCAGGGCUUUGUGUGGGCCAGACAAGUUUUCAACACCAAACUCACCCAACCAUAUCUUUAUAAACCUUGCUUUGUGCACUGAGGCAAAGUCAUGCUGGAACAGAAAAGGGCUUCCCCAAUCUCUUCCCAAAAAGUUGGAAGCAUAUAAUUGUCUGAAAUGAAUUCCCUUCAGUGAAACAAAGGGCCUUGCCCAACUCAUGCAAAAACAAGUCGAAACCAUUAUCCCUUCUCAACCAAACUUUACAGUUGGCACAAUGCAGUCAAGAAAAUAACGUUCUCCUGGAAUCUCGUUCAUCUGACCCAGACCCAGACUUGUCCAUUAGACUGCCAGACAGAGAAGUGUGAUUUGUCACUCUACAAAACUUGUUUACACUGCUCCAGAGUCCAAUGGCAGCGUGCUUUACACCUCUCCUUCCAACACCUGGCAUCGUGUUUGGUGAUUUGAGGCUUGCUUGCAGCUGUUUAGCCAUGGAAACCCAUUCCAUGAAGGUCCCAGCCCACAGGUUUUGUACUGGGGUUAAUGCCAGAGGAAAUUUGGAACUAGUUAUUGAGUCAACAGAACUUUGGCAAUUUUUACACACUAUGUGCCUCAGCACUCUGUGACCUGACUCUGUUAGUUUGCAUGGUCUGCCAUUUCAUGUUUGAGCUUCUAUUGUUUCUAAAUGCUUCCACUUCGCAAUAAUACCUUACAGUUGAUCGUGGAAUAUCUAACAUGAAAUUGCUUAUUGCAACGGUGGUAUCCUAUGACAGUAUCCAUACUUGAAUUCACUAAGCACUUCAGAAUGACCCAUUCUUUCACAAAUAUUUGUAAAUCUCUCUGUAUGGUGAGGUGCUUAAUAUUAUAUACCAGUGGCAAUAGCUCUGAACAAAACACCUGAAUUAAAUGAGUAAGAGGUUUUUUCUAAUACUUUUGUCCAUAUAAUGUAUUAGCAAAGUGAACAGUCUGUUUUUGAUGUUGUGCUGGAAGCAGGAAAAAUGGGCCACACUGACAAGGGCCAAAUUGUGAGGGCUAGACGAUUGGGUCAGAGCAUCUCCAGAACAGUACGUCUGGUGGGGUCUUCCUGGUCUGCAGUGGUCAGUACCUACCAAAAGUGAUCCAAGGAAGACUCAGUGGUGAUGGGGUCAUGAGCACCCUAGGUUCAUUGAUGCGUGUCGGGAGAGAAUGCUAGCCCAUCUGUUCCAAUAUCACCGGAGAGCUACUGUAGCACAAACUGCUAAAAAUGCUAAUGCUGGCUCUGGUAGAAAAGUGCCAGAACAUACAGUGCAUUGUAGCUUGCUGCGUAGCCGCAGACCAGUCAGAAUGCCCAUGCUGACCCCUGUCCACUGCUGAAAGCCCCUACAAUGAGUCUGUGAGCAUCAGAACUGGACCAUGGAGCAAUGGAAGAAAGUGGCCAGGUCUAAUGAGUCACAUUUUCUGUUACAUCUCAUGGACAGUGUGUGUGCAUUGUUUAGCUGAGGUAGAGAUGGCACCAGGAUGCACUAUGGGAAGAAGGCAAGCCGGCAGAGGCAAUGUUCUGCUGAGAAACCUUAGUUCCUGGCAUUCAUGUGGAUGAUACUUACCUGACAUGUACCACCUACUUAAACAUUGUUGCAGACCAAGUACACCUUCAUGGCAAUGGGACUCCCCAAAAGCAACGGCCUCUUUCAGCUGGAUAAUGUGCCCUCCCACACUGCAAAAAUUGUUCUGGAAUAGUUUGAGGAACUAGAAAAAGAGUUCAACGUGUUAACUCGGCCUGCAAAUUCCCCAGAUCUUAAUCUGAUUGAGCAUCUGUGCUGGACAAAUAUUCCGCUCCAUGGAGGUCCCACCUCACAACUUACGGGAUUUAAAGAUCUGCUGCUAACAUCUGGUUGCCAGAUACCACAGGACACCUUCAGAGGUCUUGUGGAGUCUAUGGCUUGAUGGGUCAGAGCUGCUUUGGUGAGGGAGACUUACACAAUAUUAGGUAGGUUGUUGUAAUGUUAUGGCUGAUUGGUCUAUAUUUGGAGGGAUCCAUUAUAAUUGUAGCUUAGAUUUUCAUAAAUGAUGCAAAACUGUAGUUUUUUUUAGAGACUUUCUAUUAAUUUUCCAUGUUUAUGCAGCAAUUUCACAUUCGCCGUGAACAAUUACAUGGGACUAUUUUUGGAGCCUGAUGAAAGAUUGCAGAAACUCGCAACCUACUCUAAAGUCAAAAUCAAUACUGAAAAUGAUUUGGAUCACAUGAAAUCAUAUGAUAUAUAAAUAUUGGUGAUGCAUAACGGGGAGACAGGGCAGACGGGGACACACUAACAUUAAUCUCGGGAAGACUCAGACUAAAUACAAAAGCCAAGCCGAAAAUAAUAGGAAACAGAUGGGCACGAUCGGGGAAGAACACGUGGAUGAUCAGGGGGCGUGGCACACACGAGGAUCGGAUGAGCCGGGCGUGACAGUUACCAUUCAGGCCAACAGGCUGUCAUGGAUUGAGGGGAGACCAAGUUUAUUCCUAACUUUGCGAAUGCGCAGGGUUGACUGUAUGCCAAUUGCCUGUUUAUCUUAGUGCUUUAUAUGGUGUUUUUGUUCUUAAAUUGAAUAAUAAUGACCUUUCUUUGCCACACCAUUUAUAAAUAAA